AUGAUAAGGGAGAAAUUAACAGGAAGAAGUCCUAAGGGCAAUCUCAAGUAGCUAAUGAUAUCAUCAGAAAAUUUAAAUGCCUUAUAAAAAAUGUAGCAAAGCAACAAAAUUACAACACCAAGUUAAUAAAGUAAGAAUGAACAAAAUAAUGGUAAUGUUAGAAUUGAAAAAAGCUUAAAAAAAAUAGACUCUAGCUAGAAAAUGAGCUUAUUUCCUCCUUCAAUCUCUUUAGAAAAAUCGAAAAGUACCGAAAAUCCAAUCGAUAGAUAAAUUAAAGAUAAAUAAAUUAGUUUUUAAUGUAAAAGCUUAACUACUUCCCUAAGAACCAAUUAAGAUGAUAGCGAUCCGUUUGGUUUUGGUCAAAUAAAAAAGUAGCAUUAAACAGAUUUUAUGGCUCAAUAGCUCAAAAAUAUAAAUCUAACUUCUAUUUCUAUAAAGAAUAAUUUCAAUUAAUAAAAUUAUCCAUAGAUAGAAGUGUUCACCUCUUCAUUUAUUGAAGGAGAGUCCAAUAAAAAUUAGAUACAAAACCAAACAGAAAAAAGCAAUCCAAAUAAAUAAUCUCCAAACUUAGUUGGCUUCUCUUUAGCAAUUACCAAAAAGGAAUACACUCAUUUGAGUAAUUUUGUAAAUGCAAAAGAUUGGAAAAAAAUUACGAAGCUGGAGCUUAGCUAGAAUAAGCUGUAGGAUAUUCCUUAUGAAAUAUUCGAGUUAAGCGAAUUGCGAUCCUUGAAGCUUGAUAAUAACUAUAUUAAAUCUAUUCCUGAUUUAGUGUUUGAUAAAUUUACAGAACUAAGGGAGUUUUCAAUUUCGAAUAAUCUUGUAAAGUAUAUACCGGUUAGUAUAUAAAAAUCUUAAUAUUUAACAACUGUUGAUUUUGGUUUGAAUCAUAUAGAAGUAAUCCCCGAAGAAAUCUUCAAUUUACCUUAACUCUCUGUCUUGAACCUUACAUCAAAUGAUUUCGAAUACAUUCCAUCAUCAAUAAUUAAAGUAGAAAGUACUUUAAAAGAAUUUUCAAUUGAUUGGUUUCGAUAUGCAAAUCCUCCCAUGAAUAUAACCCAAAAUGAAUCAGCCAUUUAAAUUUUAAUAGCUGCUGUUAAAAAAGAUUUAUACAACUCUAAUUCAUAAAAAAACUUGGAUAAUAUUCGAAUAGAUAACCUAAAAAUGCCAUGCAGUACUUCUGUUUUCAGAUACAAUUCUUAAACUGCUUCUUAAAAGAAUCUCUCGAAUGGAGAUUCGAAUAGUAUUUAAAACAACAAUAAUUAAGAUAAAAACAUGGAAUCAUUUUUGUAGAACAUCGAUUUUACAAACUAAACUUUUAGCUUUUUGAAAUUUUUAAGAGCUUAUUCGAAAGUAUUUGACCUCUAUAGAGUUGUUUCUCCUGAGUCAGGUGGUACUCUUGUUCAUUAGGCAGUUUACAAUGAAGAUGUAGGAGCUUUACAAAGCUUACUCAAUUAUGAUUUUUAAUAAUUUAUAAAUCCUCUUGACAAACAGUGUCACUCACCACUUUCUCUUGCUAUAAAAGAGGAAUAAUAUUAUUGUGCUAAAAUUCUUAUUUAUAGAGGAGCCGAUGUAAAUAUCGGUUCUGGGUUUAGCGGAUCUUCAUGUUUACUUUUAGCUGUGGGUAAAUUAUAAUACUACUUGGUCAAAGAUUUAAUAGAUAGAGGAGCAAAUAUAAAUCAUUUAGACAAAGAAAAGAAUAGCUGCAUGCAUAUAUUAUUUAAGGUGUUUGAAAACAAUCCUAAGGAAGCUGCGAGAAUAGGAGAUUUGUUGCUCGAAAAUUUUGCUGAUCCUAAUAUUUUAAAUUAGAAUAAAUGGAGUCCUCUUCAUAUUGCUGCUAAAAAGGGCUAUUUAUUAGCAAUCCAAUAUGCAUUUAAUUAUAAUAAAAUGUAGGCCUUACUCAAUAAGUAAGAUAAUAAAAGCAAUCCAGAUUUUCUUUAAAAGACAGACCACAAUUAUGAAUCCAAAUUAAAUUAAGAAAAAAUUAAAAUUCUAUUUAAAAUCUAUUAGAAGGGAGGAGAAGAAAAAAUGAAUAUUCUUCAUAUUUCGUGUCUAAAUUGUUUUACUGAUAUAGUUGAGUAUCUUAUUUUAAAAGAAAACUACAAUUUUACCAUCAGAAAUAGAUUUGAUAGAACUCCUUACAGUUUUUCUUAGAGACACUCAACUAUUAGCAAGCUUCUAAAAAGAUGGGAAGUGAGGUUAACAGACUUCUUCAUAAAUUAAGACACUAUUAAAGUUAUAGAAAAUAAGAUGUAUGACUGCUAGGACGAUGAUUAAAUACAAAUAAAUCCUUUCCAAAAAAGUAAGGCAUAUAAUUUUUAUGACCAAAUUAACUAAAAUUCACGUCUCUCAGUUCUCAAUAAUUCGCAGCAGAACUAAAACCAGAUGGCUGAGAGAUCCUUGAUUUAUAUAAACAAUUAAGAGUAUUAAGAAAACAAUAAUAAGAAAAUUGAGCACAGUAAUCCUUAACUUCAAAUAUUAAAUCAAUUCAAACAUAAUAACAAUAGCAUAGCAUAUUUCAAUUCAUAUUAUUCACCUUACCAAAAUGAUAAAAUUUUAGAUAUCAAUGAAUUUAAAACGAUUAACUCUGAAAAUCACUUAAAUAAAAAAUAAACAAAUAAUAAAUAAUCUUCUAAAACUGCAUCAAACAUUGAGAAAAAUUAUGAAACCGAAUUUAAAAAUUAGUAAUAAAAUUAUUUAGAUGAUUAAUUUAAUUCAACACAUAUUAAGAAAACUGAAAGUUUAAAUUAAUUGAAAGAACAAACUUCCCUGCAUUAAUCUUGCUUCAACAGUUUUUAAGAGAAAGAUAAUCAACAUUAUUUAGGUUCAUUUAUUAUUUAAAGCUCUCUACAAGCCUUUAGAAAAUCAAGGGAAGAUUUCCAAAAAUAUUAGAAUAAAAUGUAUCCAAUUCGUACCUUGCCCUAGCAUUAAUAAAACAAAGUAUAAAAUUUGCUGGAAAGCUUUUCUAACGAUAACUUAAAUAGUGAGUCUGCUUUGAAUGCAUCAGAUGAACUCGCUACUAUAAAUAAUUAUGCUACGAACAAUUAACAAAACUAAUCUUAACAAUUGACAUAAUAUACAGACUUAUAAAAUAAUUAUCUCAAUUAAAAUCAAAUUCAAAAAAGCUAAAUUUCAACUAACCUAACUCACUUAAUAAAUUAAAAGAAUAAACAUUAAACAAACUAAGCAUUUAAUAGUAAUAAUAAUAAAUUUGAUUUAGCUGAAAUAGAUUUUUCUUAAGAAUUGGUAAGUGAAGAAUAAGGGGUGAAAGCAAGCUAGAUAUUUUCAUGGACGAAGUUAUAGCCGAAGCUGAUAUAGGAUAAAUUGCAAGAAGAAAAAAAUAAUAAUAAAUGUGAUAUUAAAACAGAGGAUUUAGAUAGUUUGGAAGAGAGCAGUAUCAAACAGCUAAAUGGAAAUAGUAACCCAAAAAUCUUUUAAAAAUCUAAAAACUAGAAUUUGUAUUUUAAGACUAAUUGUGCCAAACCUUCUAAAUUAUGUGAUGUAAUAUAAGAUACAGAAAAGUUAAAAGAAUUACUAGAAGAAAGUUUUGAGGAAAGUCUUUCAUCUUGUGGAGAAGGAGAACAGAAUAUAGAUGAGCUUUAAGAAAAUUUUGAGGAAUCUCUAAAUGAAAGUUUUUCCCUUCGCACAAUGCCAUAUUCACCAAAUAAUUUAAAACACAUUUAACCAAUUUUAGGAUAACUUACUCCAAAUGAUGAUGUUUAAAAUGAACAAAAUAAUAAAUAUAAAAAAGUAAUUAAUUCAGCUCCUUAACCUAUAAAGAUAAAAAAGAACUACACAGAAAAUAUAAAAAAUGUAUUUAAAAGCAAUUUAUCUACCCUUUACAAUUAAAAGAUGAUUGAACCUACUGAAUAAGCUAAAGGAUAAAACUAUAUUGCCAACUAGGAUAUGAAUAACAAUGAAAAAAUUUGGAAUUAUAAUUGCUUUUAGUUGAAAACGUAAAAAAAAAUAGAUCAAUUACUUCAGUCACUAAAAAAUUUAGACUUUAAAAUUAAAAAUCAAGAAAUAGUUUUAAACAAAAAAUUAGAAAGUCUAAGUAGUAUUAAGGAUAUUGAAUCUUAGCUCAAAGGAAUGCUAAAAGAAUUACUUACAAACAAUAAUUUUAAGGAUUCGUUUUAAAUUGAAGUUUAAAACUUACAACAAUCAAUUACAAGUGCAAUUACUCAGUUUAAUCUAACAAUUAAUCAAAUAUACUUAUUCUUAUAUAAUAAAAACUAGCAAUUAUCAUCUUAAAUAUAUAAUCUAAAAAUGAUAACUAAUUCUUAAAUAAAAGAAAUCAAACUUGAAAAAGAUUGGGUCAAUAUGCAGAGAAGUUACUUGCUUUAGAAAAUACAAGAUUUUAGAGUUUUAUAAAUCUUUUUCUAACAACUAUUCCCAUAAAACAAUGUAUUAGCACUAUAUCAAUAAUUAGACUCUUUUAAUUAAUCAAACUCCCUAACUUAAAUAACUUAAUCUGAAAGACACUUUUCAAAUGCAUCUUUUUCUUCAUAGAAGAGAGAUUCAUUUUAAUCCUCUUUCUAAAUUAUGAAUACCUAAUAUUAGCCUACUUAACUUAAUCAAAAUUAUGAUGAAUGCUUAAUGCUAACAAACCCACUUUACUACUAUGAAACGGUAUAAAGAGUGUAACAAUAAUUUUUAAAUCCUUCAUCAAAAAAUUAAAUUUUGAAUGAAACCUAAUUGAUGCAAACAUUACCAACAGAAGAAGAAUACGAUUCGUGUUAAAUUGAACAGCCAUCUAUUAGAUUUACAUAAUAUAAUUUGCAAAAACCUAAAGUAUCUUCAUUGUAAAAAAGAUUCUCAUUUUCGCAAUAAAUUUAAUGA